UAUCUUUGUUUGUCACCAUCCAAGAUUAUUUUCGAUUGCCGUCUAACAAAAAUGUCGAAACAAACAUUUAUAAAUUUGUUGUUCAGUAAUCCCUAGCCAACAAUAAUACGAAGUUGUGAGAUAAGUCAGUGCCAAGGAACGGUCCUAAAUUUCCUAAAACAGUAUGUGUUCAACUAUAAUAUGAAUUUCAUAACUUUGGCCUCAAGUUCAGAAUUGUCAUUGUAAAUGUUUAAGUGUCUUAUUAGACCGGUAUAAUUAAUAAAUAUAUUUGUAACGAUGAACAGAGGCAAGAACAGUAAUUCUAAAAUGGCAAGACCCGAGACAACUGAAGAAACAAAUGGGUACAAGCUCCUCAACAGUGAAAGUAAGCCUCCAGAUAUUAAACAUGGAAAAGAAAAUUCCUGGGUGGCGGGGGUGCAGAUGUUUGUGUCUUUCUUGCUCGCCGGCUUCGGCAUGGUUGCUGCAAGUCUUCUGCUUGAUGUGGUGCAGCAUUGGAAGGUGUUUGAGCAAGUAUCUGAAGUGUAUAUACUAGUGCCUGCCCUCUUAGGGCUGAAAGGAAAUUUAGAAAUGACGUUGGCAUCGCGUUUGUCUACUCACGCCCAUUUAGGGCAUCUGGACACAGACCUGAGCGCAUUAGUGGUAGGAAACUUGUGUUUGAUACAAUGUCAAGCUGUUCUGGUAGGAUUUCUAGCAGCCAUGGCUGCAAUAGCAAUGGGUUGGAUACCAGAUGGGCAGUUUGAUAUUCACCAUGCAUUACUGCUUGCAGCAUCAAGUGUUCUCACUGCUUCAUUUGCCAGUUUUAUCCUUGGCCUGAUCAUGAUUGGUGUGAUUGUUAUUUCAAAGAAAUUAAACAUUAACCCAGACAAUAUUGCCACUCCAAUUGCGGCUAGUCUAGGUGACCUGACAACUUUGGCACUGUUGUCAUGGAUUGCAUCGCAGCUGUACUCAAAUAUUGGCACAAGUGUUGUACUGCCAUCUAUUAUUAUCACUGCUGGCGCAAUUCUUGUGCCGGUCUGUGGUUACAUUGCCUGGGAUAAUAAGUUCACUAAACAAGCUUUAGAUGAAGGGUGGGUGCCGGUUGUCUCUGCCAUGGUUAUCAGCAGUAUUGGUGGUUUAAUUUUAGACUACACAGUAGUUAACUAUGAGGGUAUUGCAGUAUUUCAAUUAGUUAUUAAUGGUAUAGGAGGCAACAUGGUAGCAGUGCAUGCUUCUAGACUGUCAACUGUGUUACAUACAGGAGACAAGCCCGGGCCUCUUGUUGGCAAAACAACAAAAUUAUUACUCUUGAUGGUCAUACCAGGACAGUUGAUAUUUAUAUACACUAUAGGCUAUUUGAAAGCUGGCCACACAUCUAUGACCCCUAUAUUUAUCCUCAUUUACAUGUCAGCAGCCUUGCUGCAAGUUUUCCUCUUAUUAGCUAUUAGCCACCACAUGGUUAUAUGGAUGUGGAAGAUGGGAAUGGAUCCUGACAAUUCUGCCAUACCAUAUUUAACAGCACUGGGAGACCUGCUGGGCACAGCUUUGUUAGGUGUCGCUUUUCAUAUACUAUAUGCCAUAGGAGAUAAAGACAAAGAUUUGGGAGAUUAAUGUAUGUACUUGAGAUAAUUCAAGUGGUCUUUGUUCAGUUUCAGUUGUAUCAAUUUUACCGAGGCAUUUUGUUUUAUCUAGUGCCAUUCAAAACUAUAUCAUAUAGUCAUCCUUUUUGACUGAGCACAUAUCUCAAAUUUACUAUAUGCUAAGUGUUAAAAUUAAGUAGUUUUUAUUUGGUUAUCUAAUUUAUCUACAAAAAUAAAUAUUAUAGUGCAAAAAAAAUGAUUAAUUGUUUAAUAGUGUUCCAGUUUGUAUUAAAAUAAGUUAUGCUUACUGCACAAUGAAAUCCAAUUAACAUUUUUAGAUAACAAUAUUAAGAUAAACUGCAUAUUAUCAAUGACUGUUACUUAAGUUUUACUCAGUACUUAUGAAUUUGCCAGUAACUUUGUUUGUUUUGUGUAAUUGGGGAUAGAUUUAAACUAUUUAAAGGCCAAUAAGACAGCCGUUUUUGGGCCUGUUCCCUAAUUAAGUGACUGCGCCUGUGUCACCUGAUGGACAGAUUUUUAUUUUAUCAUUUUUUUUUCAUUACAUUUGGAGCUCCUCAUUCUGGGCGGGAUAAAUACAUUACAACUUGUUCCGAAAAGAUAAGAUUAUUUCUGUGAAACUGCCCUUCUAUUGUAUAGAAUAGGGAACUGUCUAUUCAAUCCACCACAUUUUAUUGAAAUCUAAAAAAAACUUCAACUAAAUAAAGGUCGGUAAUACCUUUAUUUGGCGUAAUCAAACUCCAUGCGACUAUGCUUACAAUUACUUAAAUAAAUAUAUACUUAAAUUGUUUGUAAAUGUAUUGUUACUUAAUUUGCAUGUGUCAUUAAGAACUUGUGUGAUUAUUAAGUCAAAAAAUUGUGAUUGUUAUUCCUAUUUAUUAAUAUGUAUAUUAGGUAAUUUUAACAAGGUUACAAUUGUUCUGACUAUAAGGAAAAUAAUAAAGUGAAUUGGUGCUACUGUCUGUUACUAAAUAAGUUUACACUUUUCAAUGUGACUACAUGUACUUUUUUGAAUUGCCAAACUAUUUUUGUAUAGAGUAACUAUUAUGAUAGCAAAAUACCUGUCACACAAAACUAUAUUUUACAAUAUAUUUGAUAUUUAAAUAA